CCAGAGCCCUACGCGGCCGCGGCCGCAGCGAAAGCGAAGAGUACUGGAGCGGCGACAGGCUGCUUCUGCGGCAGCGUCUACUCAGAGGAUACGUGCCUCUGGGCUGGAACGGAGCUCGCUGCUCGCGCAAGUGUCUCCCCGCCCCUCCCCACCUGGCGCGCACCUGGUCAAGGCCUAGGUCCUGCCGCCAGCUAGGAGGGCGCGUGUCACGGGCCCUAGGGAACCGCAGAGCGCGCGCGCCAUGGGGCCACCGCCCGGGGCCGGGGUCUCCUACCGCGGUAGCUGCGGCUUUUCCCGGUUGCUGGCGUGGUGCUUUCUGCUGGCCCUGAGUCCGCAAGCCCCCGGCUCCCGGGGAGCCGAAGCUGUGUGGACCGCGUACCUCAACGUGUCCUGGCGGGUUCCGCACACCGGAGUGAACCGCACCGUGUGGGAGCUCAGCGAGGAGGGCGUGUACGGCCAGGAUUCGCCGCUCGAGCCAGUGGCUGGGGUCCUGGUACCGCCCGACGGGCCAGGGGCUCUCAAUGCCUGUAACCCGCACACGAAUUUCACGGUGCCCACGGUCCCGGGGGACUGGGGACGCAGCGUUCAUGUCUCUUGGUUGGCCCUCAUCCAGCGCGGAGGGGGCUGCACCUUCGCAGACAAGAUCCAUCUGGCUCAAGAGAGAGGGGCGUCUGGAGCCGUCAUCUUUAACUUCCCAGGGACCCGCAAUGAGGUCAUCCCCAUGUCUCACCCGGGUGCAGGAGACAUUGUUGCCAUCAUGAUUGGCAAUCUGAAAGGCACAAAAAUUCUACAAUCAAUUCAAAGAGGCAUACAAGUAACAAUGGUCAUCGAAGUAGGGAAAAAACAUGGCCCUUGGGUGAAUCACUAUUCAAUUUUCCUUGUUUCUGUGUCCUUUUUUAUUAUUACGGCAGCAACUGUGGGCUAUUUUAUCUUUUAUUCUGCUAGAAGAUUACGGAAUGCAAGAGCUCAAAACAGAAAGCAGAGACAAUUAAAGGCAGAUGCUAAAAAAGCUAUUGGAAGGCUUCAACUCCGCACACUGAAACAAGGGGACAAGGAAAUUGGUCCUGAUGGAGAUAGUUGUGCUGUGUGUAUUGAACUGUAUAAACCAAAUGAUUUAGUGCGCAUCUUAACCUGCAACCAUAUUUUCCAUAAGACAUGUGUUGAUCCAUGGCUGUUAGAACAUAGGACUUGCCCCAUGUGCAAAUGUGAUAUACUCAAAGCUUUGGGAAUUGAGGUGGAUAUUGAAGAUGGAUCAGUGUCUUUACAAGUCCCUGUAUCCAAUGAAACUUCUAAUAGUGCCUCUCCUCAUGAAGAAGAUAAUCGCAGUGAGACUGCAUCAUCUGGAUAUGCUUCAGUUCAGGGAGCAGAUGAACCACCUUUGGAGGAACAUGUGCAGUCAGCAAGUUGUUUUCAUGUCUUGGCUAUUGUGAAUAAUGCUGCAGUGAAGAGGGAAAUGCAGCUAUCUCUUCAAGAUAGCGAUAUAAUUUCCUUCGGAUGUAUAACCAGAAGUAGAACUGCUGGAUCAUGUGAUGAAAAUCUACAGCUGGUAAACCAUGAAGCAAGUUCUGUGGCAAUGGAUGUUGUUCCUCAUGUUGACAACCCAACCUUUGAAGAAGAUGAAAUUCCUGAUCAAGAGACUGCUGUUCGAGAAAUUAAAUCAUAAAAUCUGUGUCAAUAGAAAACUUGAACCUUUAGUAAUAACAGAACUGCCAAUCGGGGCCUAGUUUGCUAUUAAUGAAAUGGAUAAAUUUAAUAAAGUAAGAAUGAUAUUGAAAGUGCUGAGAUGACUAAUAUUAUGCUAUACUUAAAUAGCUUAAAAUAUUUAACCUAUUAACUUUUUUUCAUAAACUCAUAAUGUUUUUCAUAGGCUAGUUUCCUCCCAAUAGUGAUAGCAAGAUUUUUAAACAUUCGAAACUCUCUUCAAGUAGUCAUGUUUUUCAUAUAUAACAGUUUUCUUAUAAAAACAUGUUGCUUUAAAAAUGUGAAGUAGCUAUAAUUAUUUUAUUUUAUGAUAGCACAUUAAUUAAAAAUCUACUACUUUAGCUUGGGCUAUAUGUGUCAGGGUUUUUCUCCAGGUGCUUAUAUUGAUCUGGAAUUAUAUUGUAAAAAGCAAUGCAAACUUAGGCUAAUACUUCAUCAAAUGUCUAAUUAAGCUACAUUAAGUUGAUAGAACAAGAUUAAAGCAAAACAAUCAUUUUAACUAUUCUUGUUUUUUAAAUUAGGCUAAAUGUACUUCAUGUAAGUCGAGCAUAGUUUAUCAGAGAAUAUGGACUGGACUGGAUUAGUUGGUAUAUUAGUGACACUAAUUUGGCACAAAAUUAUGGACAAAAAGUUUCCUUACAAAACUGCUAUAUAACUAUUUCUCAGACUUUAAUAAUGGAAUUUUCAAAAGCAGAGUAUAUAAAUUAUCAUACUAAGUGAAAAUGAUAAGUCACACAAAAAAUUGGUAAUUGAUCUUUGUAUAUGAAUUAGUCUACAGAAAUAGUCUCAAGAAGAUGUUUUCCAAAUAAUGUUGACUUUAAAAUUGAGUUUACAUUUUACUUAAAUGGGCUAAAAUUACAUUAGGUAAACUAAAAUUCUGCCCAUGUAGCUAUAAAUUUUGUGAAUGCAUUUUCUUGGUGUUUGAAAAAGAAUUGGGGGACGGGAGAGAAUUCCAGGUGCCUUAAUAUAAAGUUAGAAGCUCAUCCACCAAAGUUAAAUAGAGCUAUUUAAAAAUGCACUUUAUUUGUAUUUUGUGGCUUAUCUGUGGUUUUAGGAUUUUGUUUCCAGUGCAGAUUCCAGCAGAAUUUAGGCAAAAGCAGAACAGACAUGUAUUUUUUUGUUUGUUUGCUAAAUGUAGAACAGAUGAAACCAUUGCAUUCUUGUACACUGAUUUGAAAUGCUGUAAAUAUGUCCUGAUUUGUAUUGAUUCUCUUUAAAUAUAAAAUGUAAAUAAAAUAUUCCAAUAAA